AUGGACUCAUCUGACCUCAGGACCACGCUCAUGCUGAAGAACAUUCCCAAUAAAUAUACUCGGCAACUUCUGGUUAACGAGGUUAUGGCUCGCAUGCCCGUUGGGUCAUUCGAUUUUGUCUAUAUGCCUAUUGAUUUCCGUUCGCGAUGUAACUUCGGUUACGCCUUUGUCAACGUCACCGACCCCAAGUUCACGCAUAUGUUCUUCAACGCCUUUAAGAAUUCCCGACUCCCUGGAGUUAAGAGCAGUAAAGUAUGCGAGGUGGUAUAUGCUCGAGUGCAGGGAUUGCAGGCUAAUGUUAAUCGCCUUAUAAAUUCUCCUAUACUGGACUGCACUCCUGAGGAUGAUGAUGAUGCCCUCCCUCUGGUAUUUGGAGACCACAACGAACAGAUCCCCUUCAAGAAACUUGCCCAGAUGAGGCGAGAACGCCAAGUGCAGAUGCGUGGCGCAGGGAAACGCGGACAGCAUCAUUUGAAACAACCAACUACCAUUGCUGAGGGCUCGCCUCUACCCCCGGUCCCUACUGCUCCGGCGGCUCCUCAAAUCCCGACGGCUCCGAGUGAUACGUGGGUGCCGACAAUCUCGAGUGUGCCUACUGGGCCUGGCUUGGAGUCUCUGCUGUGGGAUACAAUGCCACUUGAUGACAACAGCAGUUUUGUGUCAGCGCCGACUCUACUGUUCGGUGCUAAUGGUGGACAAUAUGGAGGUAUGUCAACUAUGACGGGGACCUCGGCUAGGUUAGUCGAGGAGGAACAAGGAGAUCAUCAUAAGAAUAUGCUACAGAGUCCUGACUGGCAACCGUGUGAUACGGACCGACUCGUGUUGGAUUCACUUAACAUGCUCAGUCUUGAGUAACCUCAACUCGGCAGGUGGUAGUUCUUCAGCAUCAUCAUCAUCAUCAUCAUCAUCGCUAUGCGGCGUAUCAGCUGCUCAUGUGAUUAUUGGGGAGGUUGGCCUCGUUAUAUAGUCCCUAGUCUGUCGCGGCGUGUCUUCAUUCCGAAUUGUGAGAUUAUUGUCAGUACUAAAACCUGUUUGGUAGUGGUCGAUCACACCACUGCGUGUCUCACUGUACAACAUCCUUGUCUUUCCAACGUCGUUGUGGCGGACUAUUUUGGGUUUAUUUCCUCGAUAGCAGAAGGUGAAGGUAAUGAGCAGUAGCAACAAUGAGCGUUGUCACUGCUGAGCCCCGGCUCUAUAUUUGUAAUGACCAGGUGCCAGAAGUUAAUGUACCGUUCUUCCGUGUGUGGGAAGGGUUUUUUUUCUCUCGUAAUCCCGUGUCGAUUGUGACUAGUGAUGGUAGUAAUGUUUUGUAUUGACUCAACCUGGCACGCCUGUAUGACACCACGUUAGCGUUGGUGACUGUCGUGUAUCCGU